AGAGUUCAAACGCUUUUAGUCUCUCUGUGUAUCAAUGUGGGAGAAUAGAGAUGAUCCAUCAACCUCCAUCAAUCAGUCAGUCAUUUUAUGCACCAUCCAGUCCACGGAUGCACAUAAAACCACGAGACACGGAUGGAUGCGUGAAGGCAGGCCUCGAGAGGGCCGCACGCACGCAGUCCUCACGCACAAGCAAAGGCAUGGAUACACACACCUCGCAAGAGAGAGCUCAAAGGGCCGACAGAUGCAUGUCUGCUGCGCUGCUGGCUGUGUACGUAUGGUGUGGUGUGAAUAGUCGCUUCACACUCAUGUAUGUACAUUCCUGCCCUCCACUUAGCUGUUCAGUGACUGUCCUCUGAUGGAUGGACCUAUCUCGUGUCUCAUUACGUUGUGCUGAUGGUGCUUUGGUGGUGUGUGCGCGUGUGGGGAUCUGCCGAUCCGGCGUCGCCCCGCAGCCUGCACAGACACCAUCCACGCAGCGACUAACAGCUUCGUCGAUGCAACUUCGCCGAUUAGCUCGCGGGAAAACCGCUACCAUCCUAAGUGUGUGUCAGGCGAGGGAGUCUGUGCUAGUGAGUGGGUGACAGGCUAGAGGGAAUGGCCAGCUAGGGGUGGGCAGGCCGGCGGUGUUCUCAGCGGACGGUGCACAUCACAACACAAACGACGCUACCUAGAGGCAAUCCAGCCAGGCAGGCAGGAGAAAGGGCGAGGAAGAUAAGGGAAAAGACGAAGAGCGAGCAGGCAGACACCGACACCCCAUUCCCCUCCCUCCCUUUAUCUCUUUCCGUCUUGAGUUCCCCUGUUGAGUUCCCCAUUGUCUCCCCAUCAGAUUCCGUUGUUGUAUUUGGCGUUGGCGUGUUUGUUGUUGCACACCACGCUGGGGCCGCUGUUUUUGAUUUUCUCCGCCUGCAUCCACACGACACAGGAGAGUGAUAGGUGGAUGGAUGGAUAGAUGCGUGCAGGAGGUGCACAUAUGAGUACCAGCACCGAUGCCAUCUUUUCAGCCACCGGAGCCCUUGCCAUGGGCAACUCGUGCUCACGCAACGUCACACGCUGCAGUCGGGAGGUCUUGUUGCGGCUCACGCUCGCCGACGCACUGGCUGCAGCAGCCGACGAUGAAGCACUCUUAGAGGCGUCGUGAGGCAGACCAACCUGCAUGCACAAAGAAAAGAGACGUCACAUUUGUGUCCAUUGGCUUGGGUAUCGCUCGCUUCCGGAUCCUCACCUUGCUGCCCGUGGUGUCGUUCUUUUUGUCCUGGUUCCCAUUGCUGUCGUCCGGGGCCACCUGCCCACCACUGGCGGUCCACAUGCGACGCACACUCGUCUCGUCCCGGACGGACCAGCCCACAUGUGCAUCGCUGCCGCUUGCACUGCUAGGCUCCUGCUGUGGGGCUGCUGCAGCACCCUGCUCUUGGUCCAUGGCGCGGUUCCCCUGACCUCGAGCGGGACGUCGCCGGCAUGUGGGCUCUUUCUUGGUCUUGACGUACUCCUCUGUCAUGGGCUGCGGCAGGGGCAUCAUAUCGGGAUUUUGAGCCCCCAUCACGUAGGCGAACCGCAUGAGGAAGAAAAAUGCCUGGGGCCAGGCGUGGAAACUCUGCGGCAUGAUGACGGGAGGAUAGUUGUCCUUGGUGACGGCGACAGAGACGAGAUGAGACGAUGUCGCAACGAUGCGACUGUAACAGUUGAAAAGAGCGCUUGCAGUGCAAACUCGAAGCCGAAUAAAGCUC